AUGAGGGCACCAGCCGACCAGAGAGAUAGAUCUAAGUGGUGCGAGUUUCAUGCCGACCAUGGACACCGAACAGAGGAUUGCAUUGCACUACGAUUGGAAGUGGCACACUUACUCAAAGAGGGUCACCUAACUGAGUUCCUAACAGACAAGGGCCAACAUACCCUAAAGCAUGGAAAUGACAGACGAGACGAGCGCAGAGAAGUCACCCCACCCAACCCGCCAAACCAUGAGAGAACAGUCAAUGUCAUUUCUGGCGGAUUAGAGGUUAGCGGGAUUACACACUCUGCUGCAAAGAGGCAUACCAGGCAAGCCAUGUCUACCAGAACGAGAGGGAGUGUGACUAGUCAAGCUACGGCAGACCAGCCAACCCAGACAAUCAGCUUCCAAACGACGGAAUCAGACAAGCUUCUUAACCCUCAUCAUGAUGCUCUAGUUAUUUCUAUUUAUAUUGCAAAUUGUUUAACGAAACGAGUGUUGAUUGAUAACGGCAGCUCUGCCAAUAUCAUGUUUAUUAAUGCUUUCAGGGAGAUGGGUUUGAACGAGUCAAACAUAACUAGGAAGACCGCUGUCCUCAUAGGCUUCAACGGUGAGAGCAAGACAACCAUUGGGGAGAUCGACCUUCCCGUCUACGCCGAAGGGGUCAAUUUGUCAACAAGAUUCCUGGUGAUUGAUGCCCCCUCCGCAUUCAACGUCAUCCUCGGUCGCCCGUGGAUCCACGACAUGGAAGCGGUCCCUUCCACCUUUCAUCAAGUGGUGAAAUUUCCGACCAAGUGGGGCGUCAAGGAGAUUAGGGGAGAACAAAAGGACUCCAGAUCCUGCUACCAGACCACCAUGAAGACAAAACAUGCUCAAUAG